UCUCCACGCCUAGCAUUGAGUUGGCUGACUAUUGAGGGCCUCUCCGCACCGGGUCCUUUGAAGGGGUCGAGGCUUUUAUUUGUGGUGACCAGUUGGAAAGAUGUUUAAGAAUAAUCAUCAUGACCACAAGCAAAAAGUGGAAGCCAUGAUUAAGAACAUUAAUACAAUUUCUUUGGAGAUGAAGAAGAUGAAAGAACUCUCCCAUAUCCUGCUGUGUGACCUAAAUCUCCAUUUUGGUCAGCCCAAGAAGACUGAGGACCCCAAGGAAGCAGAAACAAGCCACCCAUUUGAAGAGCCUGAGAUACCAGAUGUAGCCCUUGCUUCUAUCAGUUUAUCUGACUGAAUUUUUUUGUAUUUGUUUUAAAUUUCUGGUUUCAUUGACUUAAAAAUCUGGAAGAACUAA